UACCCGCCUCCUGUCUUUCUCUCUCUACCAAACAUUCCCUAUCUCUCUGGAUACCAUGGCUUCCUCUGCAACUGUCCUCCUUUUCUCUCUCCUCUCUCUCUCCUCUCUCUCUCUCAUCUCUGCAACUCAAGCAGAGGAUCCGAUCAUUCGACAGGUGACCUCUGACGACGCUGGCAACUCUCUUCUCGGUGCAGAGGGACACUUCUCUCUCUUCAAGAGAAAGUUUGGAAAGGAGUAUUCUAAUGAAGCUGAGCACAAUUACAGGUUCUCUGUGUUCAAGGCGAACAUGGCUAGGGCAAGAAGACACCAGAUCUUGGACCCUACUGCUGUUCAUGGAGUUACCCAGUUCUCUGAUCUCACAGAGGAGGAGUUUCAGGAGAGAUAUCUAGGGCUCAAGGGGAAGCUUGAUUUCCUGAAGUCGAACCUUCCUGAAGCUCCGAUCUUGCCCACUAAUGAUUUACCUGCGGAUUUUGAUUGGCGUGAUCAUGGUGCUGUUACUCCUAUUAAGAAUCAGGGUUCUUGCGGUUCAUGCUGGUCGUUCAGUACCACAGGAGCACUGGAAGGAGCUCAUUUCUUAGCUACAAGGGAGCUUGUCAGCCUCAGCGAGCAGCAACUUGUUGACUGUGAUCAUGAGUGUGAUCCAUCGAACCCUGGAGCUUGCGAUUCAGGUUGCAAUGGCGGGCUGAUGACGACCGCCUACGAGUACCUCCUUAAGGCUGGUGGAGUGGAGAGAGAGCAAGACUACCCAUAUACUGGAACAGACCGUGGCACCUGCAAGUUUGACAAGAGCAAGAUUGCUGCUAAGGUCUCCAACUUCAGUGUUGUCUCAAUAGACGAGGACCAAAUGGCUGCAAAUCUUGUCAAGAAUGGGCCGCUCUCAGUGGGUAUCAAUGCAGUCUUCAUGCAAACAUACAUAGGUGGGGUUUCGUGCCCAUACAUUUGUAGCAAGAGGAAUCUGGACCACGGGGUUCUGAUAGUAGGCUAUGGCUCAGCUGGGUAUGCACCUAUCAGGCUCAAGGACAAGGCCUACUGGAUCAUCAAGAACUCCUGGGGUGAGACAUGGGGUGAGAAAGGGUAUUACAAGAUUUGCAGGGGUCACAAUAUUUGUGGUGUAGACUCCAUGGUUUCGACUGUGGCUUCUAUCCAAUCGUGAUUCUCUUGCACCUUCUUGGCCUAAUAUGUGGAACUUUUUAUCUUUGUAAAUACAUGAAUGGUACUGGCCUCAUAAGUUUAGAAGCUUUUAGAUAUAUAUUGUUGUUAAAAGACACAUUCUAGCUUGUGGCAUCAACUCUGCUGGGUGAUGUUUAUAAGCUCUAUUGCUCUGUAGAACUCAGUCCUAUUAAAGCGGUGACCAGCUGAAGCAAACCGUGUAGUUGUAAAACUUGAAAUGGGUAUUUACUUAAAAUGGUUGUGGCUUUGGUUUGA